UCGCUCAAUGCAAAUUUUUUUUCAAGUGCAAAACAGCUUAACCGGCUCGGCUAGGCUUUGGGGGCGCUGCGGUUAGAGGCUAGUGAAGCAGAGAGCAGCUGUUGCAGUAACCUGUUGGAGAAAAGUGAAAGUAUAUCUGCAACAGCUGGCUUCGAUUGCAGAGAGUGCGCUUGUGAGAACUGAUGGCGGGUGCGUGCAGAAAAUCUUUGCAAAGCAGGCAAGUGGGAUGUCUUCUCAUUUUUCUGUGCCUAUCUGUGGGGGGUGCGACAACUAUCCGCUAUUCAGUGGCAGAGGAAAUGGAGAGCGGCUCGUUUGUGGCUAACGUAGCUAAGGACCUAGGACUGGAGGUAGGGAAGCUGGCUGCGCGCGGGGCGCGGCUGGUUUCCGACGGCAACAAAAUGCAUUUCCGGCUCCACCGCAAGACCGGAGAUUUGUUCGUGAAGGAGAAACUGGACCGGGAGUCACUUUGUGGCAAAGCCGACCCGUGCGUUCUGCGCUUUGAAAUAGUCCUGGUGGAACCUCUGCAGUCCUUCAGUGCUGAGGUCAGGGUAUUUGAUAUCAAUGACAAUGCCCCAGUUUUCCUAAACAAGGAGCCGCUUUUAAAGAUUCCGGAGAGCACCCCCUUGGGUUCACGUUUUCCUCUGCAGAGCGCCCAGGAUCUGGACGUGGGCCUCAACGGCCUCCAAAACUACACCCUAAGUGCCAACGCAUAUUUCCACCUGCACACCCGCUUCCGCAGCCACGGGCCUAAAUAUGCUGAGCUGGUGCUGAACAAACCCCUGGACCGAGAGGAGCAGCCUGAAGUCAACUUGACAAUUACGGCGGUAGACGGCGGGUCCCCGCCCAAGUCUGGCACCGCUCACAUCCGCGUGGUGGUUCUGGACGUUAACGACAACGUGCCCCAGUUCUCGCGACUGGUGUACCGAGCCCAGGUCCCAGAGAACAGCCCCAAUGGCUCUUUGGUGGCCAUGGUGACUGCCAUGGACCUAGACGAGGGCACCAACAAAGCAAUAACUUACUCUUUAGCUCAAAACCCAGAAGCAAUUCUCCAGACGUUUCGGAUUGACGCUCAAACUGGAGAGGUUCGACUAAGCGGACCUCUAGAUUUUGAAGCCAUUGAAACAUACGACAUUGACAUUCAAGCUACAGAUGGUGGAGGCCUCUCUGCCCAUAGCAAAGUCCUGGUAGAAGUGGUGGAUGUGAAUGACAAUCCUCCCGAAGUGAUGGUCUCCUCUGUGUCCAGCCCACUCCCUGAGGACUCACCACCACAGACAGUAGUAGCCCUUUUCACUAUCAGAGACCGGGACAUUCGAGUGGGAGGAAAAGUCACCUGCUUCCUCAGAGGAGAUCUUCCCUUUGCAGUCAAACAUACAUUCGGGAAUUCUUACUCGCUGGUCACUGAUAGAAGCUUGGAUCGGGAGGAGGUCUCAGGCUAUAAUAUCACCCUUGUUGCCAAGGAUACUGGACCACCUAGCUUGUCCACUGAGACUGUGAUAGAGGUGCUAAUAUCUGACGUUAAUGACAAUCCUCCAGUAUUUCGGAAAGAUUCCUAUAUCUUGACUGUUCGAGAAAACAAUAGUCCUGCAGUUUUUAUUGGCAAAGUCCAUGCUGAGGAUCUUGAUUUGGGUGAAAAUGCCCAAAUAACAUAUUCUCUGUUGCCUCCAAAAAGUGGAGAUCUGUCAGUCUUUGCUUACAUCUCCAUAAAUUCAGACAAUGGGAAGCUCUAUGCACUAAGAACCAUGGAUUAUGAGGCCAUUCAAGAUUUUCAGUUUGUGGUAAAGGCAACUGAUGGGGGCUUCCUGCCACUGAGUAGCCAAGUUACUGUCAGAGUGGUUGUCCUAGAUGACAAUGACAAUCGUCCAUUGAUCUUGUACCCACUGCAGAAUGGCACCUUGCCCUGCAAUGACCUGGUACCCAGGUCUGCAGAGGCAGGUUACCUGGUGACCAAAGUGGUGGCUGUGGAUGGUGACUCAGGUCAGAAUUCUUGGCUUUCAUAUCAUCUACUUAAGGCCACUGACCUUGGGUUAUUUUCUGUUCAAAGACAAAAUGGAGAAAUCCGUAUGUUACGGCACAUAUCUGAGAGAGACCCCAUGAUGCAUAAAUUGAUCAUUCUUGUUCAAGACCAUGGCCAACCAGCUCUUUCCACUACUGUCUCACUCAACAUCCUGCUGGUAGAUGGCUUUUCAGAGCCAUACCUGCAGUUCCAGGAUCCAUCCAAGCAUUCUAGAAAGGUAAAUCCAUCCACUAAAUAUUUGGUCAUUUCUCUGGCCGUCCUUUCCUUUCUCUUUCUCCUUUCUGUCACAGUGAUCUUCAUUAUACAUGUCUACCAAAAGAUUAAAUAUAGAGAAAAGUUCACAAUUCAAGAGCAUUUCUAUGAUGACUGUAAUUUCUCUAACAAUCUGGUACAAGGACGAGGCAAUGGAUCCUUAUCCCAGCCUUGUCCCUAUGAAAUAUGUGCAGCCACUGGCACUGGCAAUAGUGAGUUUCGCUUUCUUAAGCGCUUUAUGCCCAACUUCCCUUUCCCUCAUGCCACUGGAGACAUAAAAACAGAGGCUGCCUCCAGUUUACCUCCAAAUUCUGACAGGAGUAAGCCUGAGAGAUCAGCAGACCAUGACCAGGUAUCUGAUGACUAUAUGUAGCUCCUAUUUACAGCUCUCAGUGAGAGAGAGAAGCAGAAUUUUACACUUGGCAUGCAAAGAUGUUUCACCUUCAUUGAAACAAAAACUGGUAGUAGAUUGCAGCUUUAGUAAGGAUAAGAAUACCUAGUUUGGUGAAAAUGUGAAAACCAGAGUGAGGCUUGGCUUACUCCAUACAAAGCAGUUAUUCCAAUCCCCAGAUCAUAUAUCUGUAAUCCUUUCUGCAGUUGGAAUUCUGUUUAAAGAAAUGUCACCCUCUAUAAAUGCAUAUGUGGUAGGAACGUCUGCUUUUCCAUCUCUGUGCUAGCAAGUAAUGAAUGAGCCAUUAUUCACACAUUUCCCCUAGAAGAUCAUUGGUCCUGACCCAGGAAAUGCGUAGUUCCAUUAGAAAUCCUUUCAUUUGCCUCUAAAUUAUUUUCCAGUAGAAAGUUAUGCAUGCAUAAGGAAGAGAACUACCUUCCCUUUUUGAUAUAUUGGGAAGUUAUUAGGUUGACAAGCAGAGAUAUAAUUUAUUAUUCAGAAAUCUCUAAAUUCUUGCCCCUGAUAAGGGAUUAUCUUUGAUCAAUACCUUGCCUACAAUCAUUCAUAAUCAUAAUCAUAGAAAUGCCUGACAUAUGGUGGUCUUCCAAAUUAAUCAUGGUGGGAGGAAGGGUGGAGAAAAAAGGAUUUCACUUAUUUGCAAAUAUGAGUAAGGGCAAAUAUAAGGAUAAAGAGAUUCAGUUUAGGAAUGUUCUCCAAAAUUAAGUUAGAUGUAGACUUUUUAAUGAUUGUUUGGAGCCAUAGGCGAAUCUCAAAUCUCCCUCUUUCACAUCCAGAUGUCUAUCUUUGCAGUCCCAGACAGAAGCUAUUUGAAUAAAAGGAAAUGGAGGGUGGAUGAGGAUAAUAAUAAAUCAGGCUGUCCAGGCACAGUGGCUCAUGUCUGC